CUCCUGUACAUAUAAAAUAAAUGAGUUCUUUAAAUACAAGGCAGUACACGGCCAUCGUAAUCCUGCAGUAUGUUAUCUUGCUCUUUGACGUUUGCGUAAAUUCGUUCGCGAGCUUCGCCAGGCGGCAUCCCACGGACCUGCUGGUACUCUACGUGAUUCAAGACUUCUGUCUCAUCGUGGCCCUCACGUUGCUCUUAGUGAACUUCUUUUCUACUUAUAUCUUCCAGGCAGGUUUGAUACAGCUACUGUACACAAGAUUCCGCAUGACAUUAGUAUUAUGCAUUAUAUACAUGAUAUUAUCUAUCAGUUUGCAUACGUGGCAUAUCACUAUUCACUGGUCAGCGCCAUUAGAACAUUAUUGGACAAAAGGAUUUCACAUUCUCUAUUCUGCACAUAGAACAGGUACAACGUCGGAAAACCUGGAAUAUCGUUUUGUUGGUGAAUACACGAUAAUCCUGGAUCUUUAUAAAGUUGCAGUGCUGUAUUAUUACUUCUAUAAAAGAGCCUCUCUGAGGAUCGCUGAUCCAAGAUUUUACAAAGGUUCUGCUUGGCUGCAGAAUCAGUUGAGUAUUUCGUGAUUAUGUGUAAGUAAAAUUCAAUGACCCACAAAGGAUUAUACGAUAUCCUUACAUUUAUACAAAUUUAUAUGACUAUAUUACAUGGAUGAAGCAACGAGGUUGGCGUAUUAUUCAUACGUCUAAAUAUAAUUUCUAAAUUCAUGUAUUAUACAAACGUUGUGUACAAUUUAUAUACAUUGUGUAAAAAAAUCUUUAUUACAAAGUAUCUUUAUAUAUGUACGUAUAUAUAUUUCUUUGAGAUCAAUUUUACAUGAUUUGCUGAACUGUGCCAAUGCACGUAUCAAUA